AUGCAGGCCCCAGUGGUGGUGAUGAACACAGCGACAGGUGAUCGCAAGACGGGCAGACAAGCACAACUAUCCAAUAUCACAGCAGCAAAGACAGUCGCCGACAUCAUCCGAUCAUGUUUGGGACCAAAGGCUAUGCUGAAGAUGCUCUUGGAUCCCAUGGGCGGCAUCGUGCUCACCAACGACGGCCACGCAAUCCUCCGAGAGAUCGAAGUCGCACAUCCCGCAGCCAAGAGCAUGAUUGAGCUGGCACGAACACAGGACGAGGAAGUGGGAGACGGAACCACGACUGUCAUCAUCCUCGCGGGAGAGAUCCUUGCCCUGUCAUUACCACAACUCGAGCGCAACAUCCACCCGGUCGUCAUCAUCCAGGCCUUCAAGCGAGCCCUGAGUGACGCUCUCAACAUUGUACAAGACGUCUCGAUACCCGUCGACGUCAACGACAACGAAGUCAUGCGCAACCUCAUCUCCACAUCAAUCGGCACAAAGUUCACAUCCCGCUACUCAGAUCUCAUGUGCGAUCUCGCAUUACAAGCAGUACGCACCGUCAGCCACGAUGCGGGAGGCGGCAAGCAGGAGGUGGACAUUAAGAGAUAUGCUCGUGUUGAGAAGGUGCCCGGUGGAGAGAUCGAGGACAGCACAGUAUUGGACGGUGUUAUGCUGAACAAGGACAUUACACACCCAAAGAUGAGGCGGCGGAUAGAGAACCCACGCAUUGUCCUCCUCGACUGCACAUUGGAGUACAAGAAGGGUGAAUCGCAAACGAACAUCGAAAUCAGCAAAGAGGAAGACUGGAACCGCAUUUUGCAGAUCGAGGAGGAGCAGGUGAAGGCCAUGUGUGACGCGAUUCUUGCAGUCAAGCCAGACAUUGUCAUCACCGAGAAGGGUGUAUCAGAUCUGGCUCAGCACUUCCUUGUCAAGCACAACGUCACAGCACUGCGAAGAGUACGAAAGACCGACAACAACCGUAUUGCACGAGCUACUGGUGCGACCAUCGUCAACUCUGUCUACGACCUCACAGAGCGCGAUGUCGGUACACAGUGCGGGCUGUUCGAGAUUGAGAAGAUCGGCGACGAGUACUUCACAUUCCUGACCAAAUGCAAGAACCCCAAGGCUUGCACCAUCCUGCUUCGCGGACCCUCAAAAGACAUCCUCAACGAGAUCGACCGAAAUCUGCUCGAUGCGAUGAGUGUUGCGAGGAACGUCUUCUUCCACCCCUACCUUUCACCUGGCGGUGGUGCUACAGAGAUGGCAGUAGCAGUGCGGUUAUCACAGAACGCCAAGGGUGUCGAGGGCGUGCAACAAUGGCCAUACAAGGCUAUUGCGGAUGCCAUGGAGGUCAUCCCACGAACGCUCGUCCAAAAUGCCGGUGCAUCGCCCAUCAGAAUCCUAACACAACUGCGAGCCAAGCACAGCGAGGGAGGCUCGACAUUUGGUAUUGAUGGCGAUGCUGGUAAGGUUGUCGAUAUGAAGGACUUUGGGAUUUGGGAGCCACAGGCGAUCAAGCUGCAAAGCAUCAAGACUGCCAUCGAGAGCGCUUGCUUGCUGCUGAGAGUCGACGAUAUCGUCGGUGCGAAGCAAGCGAAGACUGGUGGUGGCGGUAUGGGUGGUGAUGACUAG